AUGUGCGGCAUCUUCUGCUCGGUUUUGGGGACAUGUCCAGGUGUCUCUCUCGAUCAGAGAACUCUGAACGAGCUUGGAGAUCUUUGCUCACGCUUGCGGAUUGUUAACGGACAUAGAGGGCCAGACGCUCAGCGAUCCGAGCGCGUCACACUAUCCGAUGGCGAUCAAAAACACACUUCUCCUCAUAAUGACACGCAGACUUGCGGUUGUUCGAUCUCGCUUGAGCUUUACGCGUCCGAGCUGCGCUUGCGGGGUGACCACCCUGUCGAGCAACCCCACAUACGCGAUGAAAACAUUCUUUGCUGGAACGGAGAGGUUUUCGAGGGGUUAGACAUCGAUCAGCGCGAAAACGACGGUGUACGGCUGUUCGAGGCGAUCGAAGUGCUGCCGACGCCUGAAGACAUACCCAAGUUGUUUGGGACCAUUGAAGGCCCAUAUGCAUUUGUGUAUUUUCAUGCAAGAUCCAGGCGUCUCUACUUUGGCCGUGACCCCCUCGGAAGACGCUCGCUAUUAAUGCAUACACCCACAACCGAGAAGCCGUAUCUUAUACUCGCGUCGGUAUCCGCAGGCUACCAUGCACUGUACGACCUUGUCGAAGUCAGCUCGGAGUCGUUUCACUGCCUUGACCUCGGCCGUCACCAAUCUGGUCAGGCUAUGGGAGCAUGCUUCUCUCAGCUUUCGCGUCAGGAUUCUACACGAGAAGAGGAGUUUGCCGUACCGAAACGGGUCAACACAGUAAUACCUCGCGAUGAUAUACCGAAGAUUGCCUCAAUAGAUCAGGAUGUCAUACCUGAAGAAAUUGACAAGGCCGUAAACGGCCUGAUUGAGCAUUUAGACAUGAGCGUGAUGCUUCAUGUUUGCAGCAUACCUCAAAAUGGAGGUGGCUCGGAUCAGCCACGAAGCAGAGUUGCAGUACUUUUCAGCGGCGGCAUCGACAGUACAGUCGUUGCUUACCUUGCGCAUCGUCAUGUUCAGGCGAACGAACCCAUCGACUUGCUGAACGUCGCCUUUGAGAAUCCUCGAAAAGUCAAGGUCGGAGGGUCCCAGGCGGGAUUAAAGAAGAAGAAACAGAAUAAUGUAACGGGAGAUGUUUCGGGAGGAAGCCCGUCUUAUCUGGUACCCGAUCGAGUGACCGGGCUUCAAGAAGUCGAGGAGCUGCGAAGAUUGUGUCCUGAUCGUGUUUGGAACUUUGUAGAGAUUGACGUUCCGUAUGCUGAAUCACAAGCUGCACGCACAACCAUCGAGCAACUGAUGUGGCCGAGAGAGACCGUGAUGGACCUGAGUCUUGCCAUGGCGCUCUACUUCGCGGCAAGGGGCGUUGGACGGGUGCGCCAAGGGGACCAAUACAUCGACUACACUAGUCCAGCCCGAGUUUUACUCAACGGCCUGGGAUCGGAUGAGCUGAUGGGAGGGUAUGGGCGGCAUCAAACCGCCUAUACACAUAAAGGUUGGCAGGGUGUUAUAGACGAGCUCCAGCUUGAACUCGACAGAAUACCUACUCGAAAUCUAGGGCGAGACGAUCGCGUGAUCUCCUCGCACGGGAAAGAGACAAGGCACCCUUUCCUUUCGUUGUCUGUGGUCAACUAUCUGGCUAGUUUGCCGGUGCACCGGAAGCUUGACCCCAGACUGCCAAUUGGAUUCGGAGAUAAGACACUGCUGAGGCUGGCGGUGUACAGGCUCGGGCUCAAGGAGGCGAGCUCGCGCAAGAAGCGUGCGAUGCAGUUUGGCAGUCACUCUGCUAGGAUGGAGAGCGGAGACAAAGAGAGACGAGGCGAUCUGGUCAUAGAGAAGAGCGCUAACAGUAGUGCAAGUGACAUGUUGGCAGAGGAAUAG